AUUAUACAUUUCCCAUCAUGCUCCCUACUAUUGUCACGUGACUGUUUACUUCCGCUUCCUCUGACUGAGUCUCCGCGUAAACCUGAGACUGCUACAUCGGGAUCUAAAUGUGACUCACACAAUGCAGAAUAUGGAGAGAAUCCCUACGUCAUGUGAGAGUAUGGUCACAAUGACAACCAGACUGACUACUCCGGACUCUUUUAAUCAAGGACCUUUGGGCCACAGCAAACCAAGUGAAUUGGGACAGUAUCUGUGCAUUGAAUGCAAUGAAGCUUUUGAUACUAAGCAGGAGCUGAGUGUGCACAAACAGAUCCAUGUCAUACAAAAGCCAUUUACAUGCUCCCACUGUGGGAGGGGCUUCCACCACCAGAUUUUCCUGGAGAUGCAUGAAAAAAAUCAUGAGGGAGAGAGACCUCACACUCCCAAAUCUGUAGCAGUAUCAAAGCCAAGUGCAGCACAGGGAAUGUCCACCAGGAGCCGCAAAGCUGUGACCUCUUGCUUGUCAGAUAGUGUUGAGGUGAAUCCCAGCACCACAAAGAAUGACCAUCUAAUCAACACAAUUGUGAAAUUCAAAAAGGAAAAGCAAAUGUGUCCAGCACUUGUUCCAAGGGAAUGUGUAACCAGACUUGGCUAUGCCAGGGUCCCUCCUCGGCAGCGUCGGGAUGUGAUUGAGAAGAGAACGCCCUUCGAGUUGCGUGUAUCAAAGUUUUCUAACACCACAAUUCAUCUCAUAGAUGCCUUUGGGAAUUCACUAGAAUUACUGACUGAGGUAUUCAACACAUACACUGAUUCUGAUCCUGAACAGGGCUAUAAUAAGGAUAUGUUGGGUGGUCCCUCUGCUGGAGAACAGAAAGCCAGAGAGGAUGGGAUCUUUAAUAAAGAGUCUGAUCAGCUCUACCCUGGGAACAAAGAGCAGACAAGUAGCAAAGACUUCACAACACAACAGGCGGAUUUAGAAACUCUUUCUUCACCCCGGGAAACUUCAGAUCUCUGUGAAGAUAUAAUCAAAAGCAGUGCCUCAGAGAGUGGGCUUCAUGAGGGGAAGGGGUUUGAAGACGACAAAGUGGAGCCACUCACGGAGAGUUUCAAACUUGAAUUGUCUAGUGAGAAGAGUGCCACUGACCUUGAGGAUUCUAUCAAAAGUAUCGAGCUGGAGGACACUAGUAUUUGUAAACCUUGUCCUGAUCAGCCAGCCUGUAAUAUGGAAAGAAUAGAUUAUUCUAAAGGGGUUUUAUCUGAUAAUCUUCUCAAUAUACUUAAUGUUGAAUUUCCUGAGUCCGCUGUUGAGGAGAGGCCAGUGAUUCCUGGUAGUGAUUCUAAAUCCCCUAGAAAUAGCCAAAAUAGCUUGCUGGAAAAUACUAUUUGUGACAUAGACAACAAAGCAAAGGAGAGAGAAAUUCUGACUGAUGGUGUACAAGAGAAAGGUGAAGAGUGUAUUGCAAGCCUGGCUGAAGACUGUAGCCAGAAAGAAGCUAGAGACAUGCUUGAAAUAGCUGUCACUGAAUGUAUGGAGGUAGAUGAGCCAACUGCGAGUAAUGAUGUUGGGGUGGAUGGUGCCAUUUCCCCGUAUCCUAAUGAUAGGAGUGAGAAACUAUGUGAUAAUCAGAUGCCGCCUCUAAAUAAUGUGAAGGUAAACUCGGCAGCAGGUAAAAAGCAAGAUGUACCUUUGAGUGAAGAACCUGAUGUAUCUGACACAUCUCACAGCAACAUGGUCUCUCUUAUAAAAUCAGAUGUAGUGAAGACUGGAGAGGAUCAAAGUAUUUUGAAUAAAAUUGACUCUGAUCUGUCAUUUAAGGAAUUGUCUCAAUCACAAACUGCUGUCAAUGCAGACACAGAUAAUCCUGCAGAAGGCUCAUUGCCUGACACAAAUUGUGACAAUGAAAUUAAAUUAAAUUUAUUAGAGCCAGUCACUGUUUCUGAAAUAACUGAGCCUUCUGACAGUUUUGUUGAUCUAGCAGUACAUGACCAGAAUUCCCCCGUUACAUGUGACUUUAAGGGAUCUGAUUCUGAUCCAGUAAGAGAGAAAACUAUGAACUUAACAGCAACAGGAACAUCAAGUGGGAAAAACGAUAGUUUACUAGACUGCCAGAAAAUGUCCACAGAAACCUUGUUGCAAAGAGAACUGCUAUGCAAGUUAGGUGUUGAUGACCAGGCAGUGACCCAUGUGAAAGAUGGUAACCGUUUGUCCCCAAGACAGUAUGAUGAUCAGAUGGUGAAUCAUGAAAGUUAUGCAACAAUGAUUGAUAUUUCUAGUGGAAGUAAUGGCACUGACUUUCAUCAAGUCCAAGAUAUGAGCUUGUUAACAACAUAUGCUAUGACAGAAGGCGAAGAAGAGCUCCAAGCAACAUCUUCUAAAAACAGUGUUUCUGAUGGUGACCAAAUAGAUGGUUCAGAUGUUAAACAAGAUGCCGGCUCACCAAACAGUGACACACAGACAUUGAAAAGUGUUAGUGAGAAUAUUUCAAGCACAAACUUGUCAGAAAAAAAUGUACUAGGCCAAUCCAUGUCUGAGACAAAUUCUGAUCUCUUUUUAGCAUCAAGUGAUGGUCAUACAAUUGAUAACAAAAUAAACCAAGAGAGUAUCCAUAAUGUUACAUUAACUGGGCAAGCAAAACCAGCUGAGGAAAAUCUUCAUAUGCAGGUCAUCAGUUCAGAAAGAGAAGACGGUUCAGAUGUUAAACAAGAUGCCGUCUCACCAAAUAGUGACACACAGACAGUGAAAAGUGUUAGUGAGAAUAUUUCAAGCACAAACUUGUCAGAAAAAAAUGUACUAGGCCAAUCCAUGUCGGACAAAAAUUCUGAUCUCUUUUUAGUACCAAUUGAUGGCCAUACAAUUGAUAACAAAAUAAACCAAGAGAGUAUCGAUAAUGUUGCAUUAACUGGGCAAGCAAAACCAGCUGAGGAAAAUCUUCAUAUGCAGGUCAUCAGUUCCGAGAGAGAAGACGGUUCAGAUGUUAAACAAGAUGCCGGCUCACCAAACAGUGACACACAGACAGUGAAAAGUGUUAGUGAGAAUAUUUCAAGCACAAACUUGUCAGAAAAAAAUGUACUAGGCCAAUCCAUGUCAGACAAAAAUUCUGAUCUCUUUUUAGUACCAAUUGAUGGCCAUACAAUUGAUAACAAAAUAAACCAAGAGAGUAUCGAUAAUGUUACAUUAACUGGGCAAGCAAAACCAGCUGAGGAAAAUCUUCAUAUGCAGGUCAUCAGUUCAGAGAGAGAAGAUGGUUCAGAUGUUAAACAAGAUGCCGGAUCACCAAAUAGUGACACACAGACAGUCAAAAGUGUUAGUGAGAAUAUUUCAAGCACAAACUUGUCAGAAAAAAAUGUAUUAGGCCAAUCCAUGUCAGACAAAAAUUCUGAUCUAUUUUUAGUACCAAUUGAUGGCCAUACAAUUGAUAACAAAAUAAACCAAGAGAGUAUCGAUAAUGUUACAUUAACUGGGCAAGCAAAACCAGCUGAGGAAAAUCUGCAUAUGCAGGUCAUCCGUUCCGAGAGAAAAGACGGUUCAGAUGUUAAACAAGAUGCCGGCUCACCAAACAGUGACACACAGACAGUGAAAGGUGUUAGUGAGAAUAUUUCAAGCACAAACUUGUCAGAAAAAAAUGUACUAGGCCAAUCCAUGUCGGACAAAAAUUCUGAUCUCUUUUUAGUACCAAUUGAUGGCCAUACAAUUGAUAACAAAAUAAACCAAGAGAGUAUCGAUAAUGUUACAUUAACUGGGCAGGCAAAACCAGCUGAGGAAAAUCUUCAUAUGCAGGUCAUCAGUUCAGAGAGAGAAGACGGUUCAGAUGUUAAACAAGAUGCCGACUCACCAAACAGUGACACACAGACAGUGAAAGGUGUUAGUGAGAAUAUUUCAAGCACAAACUUGUCAGAAAAAAAUGUACUAGGCCAAUCCAUGUCAGACAAAAAUUCUGAUCUCUUUUUAGUACCAAUUGAUGGCCAUACAAUUGAUAACAAAAUAAACCAAGAGAGUAUCGAUAAUGUUACAUUAACUGGGCAGGCAAAACCAGCUGAGGAAAAUCUUCAUAUGCAGGUCAUUAGUUCAGAGAGAGAAGACGGUUCAGAUGUUAAACAAGAUGCCGACUCACCAAACAGUGACACACAGACAGUGAAAGGUGUUAGUGAGAAUAUUUCAAGCACAAACUUGUCAGAAAAAAAUGUACUAGGCCAAUCCAUGUCAGACAAAAAUUCUGAUCUAUUUUUAGUACCAAUUGAUGGCCAUACAAUUGAUAACAAAAUAAACCAAGAGAGUAUCUAUAAUGUUACAUUAACUGGGCAAGCAAAACCAGCUGAGGAAAAUCUUCAUAUGCAGGUCAUCAGUUCCGAGAGAGAAGACGACAUUGGCUUAUCCUCAGAGGAAACUCAAGGUAAAGAUACACAAUCAACGAAUAACAAAUCAAAUGUAGCUGUUACUUCGCAAUUGAUUUGUGACCUAGAAGAUGCUCAAAGAAUUAGUCCAGUGCUGAGUUGUGAUGAGGAAGACAUACAGAGAGAUGAUGAUGAACAAGUCUUUGCUUCUGAUCAAGAAGCAAAUGAUAUAUUAGAAAAUAAUCAACAGUCUCCGAAAACGAUACAAAAUGUAUCAACAACUCAAAAAUAUGCUGAAGAGAUUUCCGAAGAUUACUCUAGAGAUAAAAGAGAAACACACACACAGGUGAAUGCAGAUAGGGAGAUCUUAGUUUGUGAUCAAGAACCAGAUGGGAAUUCACAAGAACGUGCUGAAUAUUUGGAAAAUAGUGCUCAUAGUUCACCAGAAUACAAGAAAGACAUUGAUUCCUCAAUGUCAAUAGAUUUGCAGUGUCAAAUACGAAGUAAAGAAACUGACUUGACUAUAAUGUUAAACGUACAAGCGAUGGAUUCAUCAGAACAGGGUGCACAGACAAUAGGAGGAAUCCUGGCCGAAGCAGACAAAUCUAAUGACCUUUGUUCUUUAGAUGUUUCUCAGUACACUGAUCAGAGUAAAACUGAAGAGAGUAAUGCAGUUACAACCUCGGCCACAAGAGAGGUACACGCAGAGCAUAGUGUUAAUGAAGAUGACUGUAACCAACCUAAGAACUUUAAGGAAGUUAAUGACUUGUGUGGCGCUCAAACAGGCACUCUAAGUAGUGACCUGACCAUAAGCUCAUCCAGUAGAGGCACAGAUACAAGUUGUGACAGCAAACUUGCUAAAUUAUUUAGUGACUCUGAAACUGCUGUUCCUAAAGAAGACUUGGAGCAUACUGUUGAUGAUAUAGAAGAACAUGAGGAUAGUUCAGGCAUUUUUUUGCCAAACAAAGAUACACCAAUAGAUGAGACUGAUAAUCUAGAACAAGAUGAACAAGCAGAAGUAAGACAAGAUGUUCAUACAGCAUCUCCGGAACAUAAUUUGCAUGAGCGCACGUUGCUAGUCUGUGAACAGUACAGUGACCAAAGGGAACCCCAACAAGAAUUACUUCUUGAUAGGCCAAUAGAGACACAUGAAAACCAAGAAGAUAAAAGUUGUCAGCAAAUUAUUGCUCAUGAGAGCAAAUCAGAAAAUGUUUUAGCUGAGCAAGAUGUGCAGCCAGAAGAAUGUGGAGAUGAACAAACUGCAGAAAAUGAAGCACCGAAUGAGGUGCCAUCUUUAUUUGUUGCUGCUGAAAACAAGAUAGUGGUGACCUUUCCAGACAGCAAUCCACCAGAACAGGAGAAAUUCAGCCGAAACAACCGUCAUUUUACAGGUGAACUAAGCAAUGACUCAGGCAUCCAAAAUGUAUUAUCCAAGAAGAGUAAUAAUGACAAACUUACAUUGCAGGUAGAAGAUGUUCAGAAGGUUGACUUUGUAAAUGCUAUCUCUGCAGGAGAGAUCACACAUGCUGGUGAUUUAUUUCCACCUGUAUCUAACACUUCUGAGCGUGAACAAGUUGGUUCUGACAAAUUUCAAGAAGAAACGUCUAUAGGUUUUCCUGUAAGGGAUAAAUUGUGUGAGCCUUCUGAUGAAAGUAUGUGUGAUGUUGAAGACCACACUGUACAAGAUCUUUCUUGUAAAGAUACCUGUACUACUCCAGAAGCAAGUGUUUUGUUUGAAGAACACAUUGCCAACCAAAGUCCUUCAGUUAAUAUUGGGUUGAAUACAAGCGCAAUGAGAGACAACAAAGCCAUAAAUCAGGAGAGUGCUGCAGAUUUGGAGCUCCAAGAGGAGGAUUUACAAAAGCAUGGUCAUUCUGGAGACUUGAAAUAUGAGGCAAACCUGUCAUUGGGUGUUUCUACUUCCAGUAGGCUGCAUGGCAGUACAGAAUUGCAGUGUUCAAUGUGCGGGCAGAAAGUGAAGAUAAAAGCAGGAGAAAAAAUGUUGGUUGUCUGUCAUAAGUGUAGUCAGCAUGUUAAAAGUGAGGAUUAUUCCAUUAUGCUUGAAACCAAAGAGGAGAGAGCGAAACUGUCAGUGGACAAGUUAAAGACUGAAAGCCUCAGCACAGAUGAGAUAUUUCAUGAUGAAACAAAAGAGGAUAUGAGCUCUUUGCACAGUGAUGUAAAAAAUGAAGAGUCUGAAUCUGCAGUUGACAAACAGUAUAAGUGCCAAAAAUGUGACAAAGCCUUCAGAAUGCCUGUGCUGCUAGCAAGUCACAUGAGAUGUCACACAUUCCCCCAAUGUAUAACAUGUAGGAGAAUGAUUCCAAUUAAAAAUAAAACAAGACGACAUGCUAAGAAGUGCACCAAGUGUAUUAUGCAAUCUAAAGAGAGAAAGAUAAAAGAGAGAGGCACUGUUCACUUACAGAGAGUUCUAAAACAAAAUACAAGGUUAGAAGUCAGAUCAGUGGAUGAGAUUAAUACACAUGCUGACACAAAGAGUGAAAGUCAUAAAGACGUGAAGGUGGUUACCUGUAAUGAGAAAGUCAGAGAAACAGAUUCUUCACAAAUUGACUCACCAGAGCCAUCAUUCAAUAAGCCCAAAAAGGGAAGGCCAAGAAAGAUACGAAUCACAGAUUUGUUUUUGGGGGAUCUUGAUGUGAAAAGCCCUACAGCUCUCAAGAAAGAAGAGAAUGAUGUGAGCAUAGAACAAAGUGACAAGAAGUGUGAGGAAUUAAAUAUUAAAAGCUCAGCUACUCUCAAGAUAAAUGAAAAUGAUGAUGAGCGUUUUGAAAGUACUAGUAAGUGUGAGAGCAGUAGCAACAUCAACAAAGCCACUGCUGGCAAGGUAUACAGGUGUCCAAAAUGUGAUGCAACUUUUCCUCUCACUGUACUACUUACAAGACACAUGAAAAGUCACCGUGGUGCACGAUUCCAGGUGUGUCGAUGUCAUUUGCUUCUCAAAAACAAGGGCAAAGAGAUAUUAAAAAAAUGCAAAUAUUGUAGAGACAGAGAUGAAAUUGAAUUUAAUAUUUCUGCAAAGAAAAGACUAAAACAAAAUGUGUGUGUCUCUGACCUCCCAGUUUUGAAAAAGAGGAAAGCUGGUUCUGAACAGCACGGAAAACCUGUCUCUCAAAUAAAAGAAGUUUUGCACUUGUAUCAAAAGAAGAAACUGGUCAAACAAACUACUCUGGGUAAAAUACCAAAGAAAGGAAUAUCUGACCAAAAAGUUCCACAGAAGAGAGGGAGAAAACCAAAAUCAUUUUUACAAGCUAUGGAGACUAAAAAAGAUGGAGUGGAAAACCCUGUUACCUUUAAGGAAGAUACAAAUAAUAAGGCCACUGAUAAAAUAACUUGUGCAGAUGAGUCUGUUUUUGGAAAUUCUGGUCACAUCUCAGGGGUAGCUGCGGAACAAGUGAAAAUCUUAACAAGCAAACCUUACAAGAAGCCAAUUGAUAAGUCAAAGUUUAAUCAAAAAGGUCCAUUAAAGGGAUUGGGUGUACAAACUGGUCAUAAUGUCACCUCAUCAGAGUCACCUGAAGCAGGCAAAUACACUACUCAAAAGCCAUAUAUAUGUCAAGAGUGUGGAAAAAGUUUUCAAUUUGCUAAGUGUCUUGGACUACAUAUAAUCAUUCACACAGCAACAAAGUGUGAGUCUUGUGGUUGUAGAUUAAUGUUUAAAAGAAGGGCUGGACGUCGUUCCAAGAAGUGUCGUGUCUGCAGACUGAAAGAAAAGACGGAAGUUACUGGUGCUACUAAAACUCCUGUAACCACCAAAAAAACAUUAGCACAUGGUAGAAUCCAAAAAGAGAGCAGUAUAGCCUAUGUCUCAAAGUCUAAAAAGUUACUAUCUAAGAACCAGAGUGGCAUAAAAAGUCAAUAUUCAUUUGAACACAAAAAACUUUCAAAAGGAGUUAAAAAAAUAUUGUUAAAAGGACCUUUAAGAGAAACGACCAAAAAUAAAGCAAAACUACUUUCAUUACAAAAACUUACACAAACUAAGAGAGAACUAAAAGGUAUCAACAAAAAUUCCAAAGUCCCUGGCAGAAAGAAGAAAGUCCAUGCUGAUCUGGAUGAACCACACACAGAGCAGGCGUGUCCUAUUGUGGAGGAUGUUUUGAUAUCGCCUCUAUAUGGCACAUCAGUAAACCAAGAUGACAACCUUAAUCUGCAAACAGUGGUCACAAAAAAUCCUGUAAAACACUUUACUAAGAAGCCUCGAAAAAGACUGGCAAUGGACACACCACUACUCAAAACAAAACAAAAAAAUGUGUACAAGAAACGUAAAUCUUCUGUGAGUGAAAGCAACAAGUCUCAGGGCAUGGAGAUUAAAUUGUCUUCUGAUCCGCUACCCUUCACACCAGCAGUGGAGGUGAAUACAAUGCACACAUGUUCUGAACCGAGCCAUACAGCUGAGCAGUCCUUCACUUGCAAACUGUGCUUAGAGACCUUCCUCAGCAAGGAGGAUUUGGAUGUUCAUGUCAACAAACAUGAUGAGGAGAGACCUUUCUCCUGUCCUGAUUGUAACAAGCGUUUUGUCCGAAGAAGUGACCUUAGUGUGCAUAGUCGUGCACACACAGGAGUGCGUCCUUAUGCAUGCCCAUAUUGUCCUUGCACCUUUCGACAGAAGGCCAGCUUGGUUAUCCACAGAUACACUCACUCUCAUGUACAGCAGUUGCUAGCAAAAACAUAUCCCUGUGAUGUCUGCAACGAGGAGUUCCUUGAAGAAAAAGAGUUUGUGAUACACCAACAAAUCCACACUGAAGAAAGGUCCUUUGUUUGCAAGUAUUGUGGCAAAAAGUACUGCAGUGAGGCUAAACUUGCUGUGCAUAGUAAGGUGCAUACAGGCCCAGGUCCAUUUCCUUGCCCAAUUUGUAAGAGGCUCUUUGGCUACAAGGCCAACAUGGUGAGACAUCAAAUUUUACACACUAGAGAGAAGACAUUUACCUGUGGGAAGUGUAAUGCACAAUUCCCCCGAAGGGACAUAUUGAUUCGUCAUAAGCUCACACAUGGGGCUGAGGGGGAGUUUUCAUGCAGGUACUGCAAAAAGAACUUCUUGCUGCAGGGAACACUUAUAAAGCACCUGAAAAUAUGCAUGGAGAACAGUCAAAGAGAAAGCACUUCCAUUCAGGAGAGUGGUGUAAAGAAAAGAAAGCAAGUUAGAGAUAAUGGCCUUAACAAAAGAAAGAAAGUUAAAGAUGAGAAUAUUGUGAAGAAAAGGAAGCGAAUUAAAGAGGAUACUGAAACAGGAGAGAUACCAAAGAAGCGUAAAUUUAAGAAAAAGAGCCAGAUUGAUGAAAAAAGCAUAAAUGAAGACAAAAAAAUAGAGAAACAUGAGACAAAUGCACUAGACAAGAGUGUGAAAGAUGAAAUAAAGGAGAAACAUAACACAGAAAAGGCUAAUCUAGAAAAGAAUGAACAUUCAGAGCAAGAGACAGAGGUUGUAAUUAAAGAAAAUAAAGUUAUGCCAAUUCAACCGAAAAAGAGAGGAAGAAAGCCCAAAGAAGCAAAAAAGCAUGAAGAUGCAACCGUGGAGCAGGAUUCUGAGGUUGUAAUCAAAGCACAUAAAGUGAUAAAGAAGAGGAAGAAGCAAAAAGAGGAAGACCUUUCUCAUAAAGAGACAAAAAGCAAAGUACAGUUAGAUGUAAAGAUGGAGGGGACUGUAAUCAAAACACAUAAAGUGAUAAAGAUGAGGAAGAAGAAAAAAGAGGAAGACAUUUCUCAUAAAGAGCCAAAAAGCAAAGUACAGUUAGAUGUAAAAAUGGAGGGGGCUGUAAUCAAAACACAUAAAGUGAUCAAGAUGAGGAAGAAGAAAAAAGAGGAAGACAUUUCUCAUAAAGAGCCAAAAAGCAAAGUACAGUUAGAUGUAAAGAUGGAGGGGGCUGUAAUCAAAACAAAUAAAGUGAUAAAGAUGAAGCAGAAGCAAAAAGAGGAAGACAUUUCUCAUAAAGAGCCAAAAAGCAAAGCACAGUUGGAUGUAAAGGUGGAGGGGGCUGUAAUCAAAACACAUAAAGUGAUAAAGAUGAGGAAGAAGAAAAAAGAGGAAGACAUUUCUCAUAAAGAGUCAAAAAGCAAAGUACAGUUAGAUGUAAAGGUGGAGGGAGCUGAGGUUGUAAUCAAAGCACCUAAACUUACUAAGAAGGUCAAACAGAAAGAGGGAGAAAAAGUAAACAGGGGACAAAAAAAGAAUAAACAGUCAGAUGUUACAGAGGAGCAGGAGACUGGGGUUGUUAUGAAAACACUUCAAGUUAAAAAGAAAAUAAAGACGUUAAAAGAGGGAGACAGUUCUCAUGAGGAAUCAAAAAAGAAUGAGCCUGUCAAUGAGGAAGAGGACACUGAGGUUAUAGUCAAAACAAGUAAAGUUAAACAAAAGAUAAAGAGAAAGGAUGCAGAAACUUCUCAUGAGGGAGCAAAAAAGAAUGAAGAAUCAGAUUUAUCAGAAGAUGAGGACUCUGAGGUUAUUAUCAAAGCUCCUAAAGUAAAACCGCAGAUAAAGAAAGAGAAAGAACAGCCUCACAAAACGCUAAAAAAGAAUCAACAACUGCAGAAAAAGAAGGGAAAGGAAAGUCGUGGAGAAACCAUGUGUGCUGGUGAAAAGAAACCGAACUUAAAAAGCAACAACCCAGCAAAGAAAAAGACAGUAGUAAAAAAGACCCUGGUUGUACGGAAGAAGCAGGGGCUUCUGAAAGAAAAACAGCUGGGAGGCAAAGUGAGGCAGAUGACGAAAAAGAAACCUAUAGUCAAAGAAAAAAAUAAGGACUAAAUGCCUCUCUGAAAUUCAGUGACACUCCCCUCAUCUCUGUUCCUUGGGAUGUAUUAUAACUCUGGCAGCCAGUGGGGGGGGGGGGUAGUGUCACGUUCUAUGUUCUAUGUCUCUGCAGCCAGUGAGUGGAAAGCCAUGAUGUAUGCUGUCAGUCAAUGGUUGAAGAGAUGGUUACCUUCUCAAGGUCCUCGACUGCAGAUUCUCCUCACUGGCUGAGCACUGUUGUACAGCUUUAAGUUGACAUAUUACCCAGUACCUGACCUCAGCUCUCCAGGAUGUGGCUUGAGGCAGAUGACCUCUGUAUUAAGUGAUUCAAUAAAGUCAUUGUGAUUUGUUUGUGUUUUUAAA